AGGGUGUUGUAUCCCUCCCCCUUCAAGUGUAUCGUACCAUCAGACCCUCUUCUUUACUCCUCCUCCUCCUCAUCUCACACUCACACUCACACUCACUCUAGCUCACACUCUUGCCCUACGCUCACACUCGUUCACCCAAGCUACUACACUCUCAACAUUCAAAGCUGGCUUUGAUCUCCCCGUAGCACCCUCACCCUACUCACCGACCAAGUCUCAGUAUGUUCUCCCUCGCUCCCAAAGCAGCAGCCGCUGCCGCCCUGGUUCUCCUAGCCAGCUCCUCUGCCUCUGCAAGCACUCCCUCGCGAGGUGUCGGCUGGCCCUGGUUCGAAACUACACCAGCCAAUGCCCUGUACUCUAGUGGCAAGACGGUGUGGACGUACAAUUGGGAGACGUACCUUCCUACUGGUGGAAGUUACUCCCCUAUGGAGUACGUACCCAUGCAGCGUACCGCGGACAAUAUUGCAUCCCUCGCAUCCGCCUCAUCGGUGAAGACUGCUUCGUGGCUUUUGGGUUUCAAUGAACCAGACAUGUCCACUUCUGUAGGCGGUUCUAACAUCUCCCCCACGGAGGCUGCGAAGCUGUGGAAGCAAUACAUUGCUCCUCUCCGUACCUCGAAGCGCAAGCUUGUCGCUCCAGCCGUGAGCGUUUCUACUGCUGCUAAUCAGGGGUAUGAUUGGUUGAAGCAAUUCAAGGCCGCUUGCACUGGAUGUGUAUUCGACGCUUAUGCCAUUCAUCCUUAUGCUAGCUCCGCUGAGCAAGUGCAGGACAUCAUUGACACCUGGAUCGAUGACUACAAGGUCACUCCCCUCUGGAUUACCGAAUUUGGCGUGGAAUCAGCCGUAGCCAAGACCCAAGGUGGAAAGAAGUUUGUAGAAUCCAUGAUCGAGUAUUUCAACAGCAAGAGCAGCAGCGUCAUUGCACGAUAUGCAUACAUUGCUAGACAGGCACAGAGCAAGAGUGUGACCGGACAGGACUUGCAGUACACAAAUGGUACACUGAGGGUCAUGGGAAAGACCUACAGGGACUUUUCUGCCUCGGCAACCUGCUAGAAAGGGAGUGCAUAUCUAUGGUCUGUCCUUCUGUUACGCUCGCUCGCUCGUUCGGCUCGGCGGUGGUGGGCCGGCCCCACUCUUCACACCGUCCUCUACAACCUCUGGUCAUCCUGUCUUCUCCAGCUCUCUGCAUCCUGUUCCUUCUCCUUCUCAACCGCACUGCACUUCGCUUCUUUCCCCUUCAUCCUGUUUCCUUCGUUUGGGCGCGCCGUUCGGCCUUCUUGCUCGAUGUGAGGAGUAGCACACCACUGUACCGAUGUGGAAAAUGCAUAAAUACAUUGAUCACACGUAUAUCACUUCCGUUUUAAGCAUGAAUAUCUUCUCGACUAAGCUGA